CACGGCCAUAAUAGACGGCAAUAUUUAGACGGAUUAAACAUUACCAUUCGACCCAGUGAUCAUGAGGUGCACACACAACCCACAUUUCACCUGCGUGGCGUGGAAUAAAGGCGAGGUGAAGGGGAAACAUCUGGCUGUCAUCCUGAGCUGUGUUCAACUCAAUCCCUAAACGCCCGGAUGAGAGCAGUAGGCGACAUUCAGGGGUAACAUGGUCGCAUGAGUCGGUCGAGGCGAGGGUAACUAUUCCGGGUGGACGACAGCCACUGCAGGAAUCUGUGACAUUUUCGACGCAGCCCACGGAGAAACGCUUCUGGGAAAAUACACAGAGAGAUAGACAGAGGCGUGGAGGCGAGACGGCACAGCACAUUUCUCCCCUUGUGGUGUCCUAUUUCGUUGGUGAAGGAACGUGCAGACAGACUGUCUCACACUAAGCUAUGGAAUGCUCCCUGCACCCACCAUCACUAGUCUCCAAUCUUUGGACUGAGCUCCAAACGCUUAGUUAGCAGCUGUGCUUCUCCCCUCGAACUCUUUACAACCAGGGGACGAAGAAAAGGAGCGGGCUUUCCAAGUCCUCCGCAAAAACAACAACAAUAAACGCACAGAGCACUUCAUUUUUAAAAUACAUAAGCUAGUUUUCUAUUUGUUUUACUCCUCUUGGAUUUUUUUUUCCCUUUUUUGUGUGGCUGAAAGCAUAUCAAGAUGGAUUUGGAUUCGUAUCUGUGGAUGGUGAUUUUUGGCUUCAUCAUUGCCUUUAUCCUGGCGUUUUCGGUGGGAGCCAAUGAUGUGGCCAAUUCAUUUGGCACAGCGGUGGGGUCUGGGGUAGUCACAUUGAAGCAGGCCUGUGUCCUGGCAUCCAUCUUUGAGACACUGGGCUCAAUGCUGCUGGGGGCCAAAGUGGGCGAGACAAUUCGAAAAGGCAUUAUAGAUGUCAAUCUGUACAAUGAAACCGUGCCCGUGCUCAUGGCGGGCGAGGUCAGCGCCAUGGUCGGGUCAGCAGUCUGGCAGCUAAUCGCCUCCUUCCUCAGACUGCCCAUCUCUGGAACUCACUGCAUUGUUGGCGCCACCAUCGGCUUCUCCAUGGUGGCCAUCGGCACGAAAGGCGUACAGUGGAUGCAGCUUGUUAAGAUUGUGGCGUCAUGGUUCAUCUCCCCUUUGCUCUCUGGACUGAUGUCUGGAUGCCUCUUCCUUCUCAUCAGACACAUCAUCCUCAACAAGGAGGACUCUGUUCCCAACGGCCUGCGAGCGCUGCCCCUCUUCUAUGCCUCCACCAUCGGGAUCAAUACUUUCUCUAUCUUAUACACUGGAGCCCCGUUGCUCGGGAUAGAGAUGCUACCGGUAUGGGCCAUCUUUCUCAUCACUUUAGCUGGGUCGAUAGUCUGUGCAGGUCUGGUUUGGAUAGUCGUCUGUCCCUGGAUGAGGAGGAAAAUAGCAAGUCGUCUAAAGAAGGAGCAAGCUUUGUCCAGGAUCUCUGAUGAGAGCCUUGACAAGAUCCCUGAAGAGGAGGAAGAAAGUCCCGUCUUUAAAGAGCUGCCAGGAGCAAAGGGCACAGAUGAAGCAGUGUUACCACUCACGGGUGGCAGCAGUGAACGGCGCGACUUCAGUGGAGAGCUCACAAACCUGUCUAAUGGAGGCUCCAUCCUGCCAAAUGGCAGGGUCUAUGGCCGGACCCACUCAAUGACCAAUGGCUGCCUCAAGUCCCCCAUCUCUAAUGGCAGCUUCAGCUUUGACGGCCACAUGCGCAGUGAUGGCCAGGUGUACCACACAGUGCACAAGGACUCAGGUCUGUAUAAAGAUCUGCUUCAUAAAAUCCACUUGGGCCGUAUGGAUGAUAACGACCGCUCAGGCUCUAACUCGGGCCCGGCUGACAACAAUUACCGCCUGCUGCGCCGCAACAAUAGCUACACCUGCUACACAGCGGCGAUAUGCGGCAUGCCAGUCCAGCCGCUCAUACGCACAGAGUCACGUGAGGACAGUGAAAAGCUGGUAGGAGAGGGAGGCGGCAGGAGCAACAGCGUGUCUUACACCAAGAAGCGGGUACGCUACGAUAGCUACUCAUCGUACUGUAACGCUGUGGCCGAGGCCGAGAUUGAGGCUGAGGAGGGUGGGGUGGAGAUGAAGCUGGCCACAGAACUGGAGGGGGUGGAGGAAGAAGGAGCUCCGGCACCAGUGCCUCUGGAUGACUUGGCUGAGGAGGAUCAUGAGGAGAAGGACAAGCCCGAGGUGUUUCUGCUGUUCCACUUCCUGCAGAUUCUAACUGCCUGCUUCGGCUCCUUCGCCCACGGAGGCAACGAUGUCAGUAAUGCCAUCGGGCCCUUGGUGGCGCUGUGGAUGAUCUAUGACCAGGGCGGUGUGAUGCAGGACGCUGCCACUCCUAUCUGGCUGCUGUUUUAUGGCGGUAUAGGCAUCUGCGCUGGCUUGUGGGUGUGGGGCCGCCGUGUCAUCCAGACCAUGGGCAAGGACCUGACUCCCAUCACCCCCUCAAGUGGAUUCACUAUUGAACUGGCUUCUGCAGUCACAGUCGUGUUGGCUUCCAAUAUCGGAAUCCCUGUCAGUACCACACACUGCAAGGUGGGCUCAGUCGUGGCCGUGGGUUGGAUCCGUUCCAAGAAAGCGGUGGACUGGCGCCUCUUCAGGAACAUCUUCCUGGCUUGGUUCGUGACUGUGCCCGUGGCCGGCCUGUUCAGUGCUGCCGUCAUGGCCCUGUUCGUCUACGGCAUCCUGCCCUAUGUGUGAGGGCUCACGGCAGGGAGGGAAAGCAGAGGAGGAAGAGAGAGAAAGAAAGAGAGAUAGAGAGAGAGGGAGAGGGAAACUUGGGUAAAAAUCACAGCUCGAGUGUCAGGGGUGCAGAUAAAGGAAAAUGGAGAGAAGGAAAGGGCAAAGGUGACGAUGAAGAGGAGCAAACAGUGAGGGAGGUAGCUGCAGAGGUUUACAGAUGGACUUGGUUGUACUGUGGAUGUGAGGAGGGUUGGUUCACAUGCUGCCUGGCUCUGCAGUCCAGAAAAUCUUUUUGACUCAUUUGAGUUUCUGAUCGGUUUUUAUUUAUUCUUUUUUUGUGUGUGCAUAAGAAAGCGUGUAACCAACGUUUUCACAAUACGAUUCAAUCUGCUGUACAUAAGAGAACAGGAGGGAGACUUAAACAAGAGUUUUUGGUUUUUGGUCAUUUUCUUCAUUUAAAAAAAAAAAAUCAAAAAAUACAAACAGAUCACAACUAAAAAUGGCAUCAAAAAAGUUCAUUCUCACAACUUAACAGACAAAUAUGCCUGCAGUGAAGCUAUUAUCCUCCUGCCUGCAAUCCCGGGUAGCAUAGUUGGUCAAGUGCUUAUUAUUAUUAUUAUUAUUAUUAUUAUUAUUAUUAUUAUUCCAAAAUGCCAGAAAAAAAAACCUGUACAUAUUGUUAUAUCAGAUUGAGUGUGAUUUGUUGUAUUGCGGCUUGCUUUAAAGUUAAAAAAAAAAAGAAGAAAAGAUGUGCGUGUGUUCAACCAACCCGUCCAUCAUCUCACUUUUAACAUGUUAGCCAGGUACAACUGGGGCCAAUUGAAAGGACGCCUCAGAGAGGGGUGGUGGGACUGUCACUCUUUUUAUUUUCCACAUGAUACCAUAGAAACCUGAUUUACUAAAGAGUUGAUUUUUUUGUCAAGAGCUCCUGUAUGUUUUUAGAGAUGGAUCUCAUAUUUUUUAAUGAUGUAUUAUACUGUAAUUUGUACUGUAAAUACUGUCCUUAAAGAGUUUGGGCAUGGGAGGGGUGGG